AUAUACGUGUUUGGACCUACCGUCACGAUUCACGAAACAAAAAAUAUUGUUAAUUUUAAUUAUUAUACCCUCGAUUAUAGGUACCUAUGUAUAAUUAAUUUUUUUGAGAAUCAUGAGCUGCUCAGUGUCCACGCAAAAUUAAUAAAUGCGGUUAUGCAAAGUACAGAGAUAAUUGUCUGAUAAGGUUUUAACCCAUGAACUACAACAGAUAUCCAUGUAUCAGAUUAAUCUGAAAUGGGGCAUGAGAAUGGAAGCAAGAGUAUUAAAAGUACCACUAUAAAACAGGUAUUUCGUACUAUGGAUUAUGGUACAAUAACUGAAAAUGUAAGCUCUGCCAAACGAUUUUUAAGGCAUGGUUGGAAGAUUUAGCUGCUAUAGGUGCAUAUAAACGUGAUAUUGUUUUAUCUUAUGGCAAAUCACUUCUUGUUCAUAGUAAAGGUUUGGACAUACCUAUACAAGUUAUUAGUCCAUUACCUGAAGAUGUCGAUGAAAUUGUGGCUGCCAACAAAUCUGAUUGGACUGGCAAGCAACGAUCAGUUCUUCUUUAUAAAUUGUCAAUUGAACUUGAGAACAACUCGUCACUGAUCUGCCAGUUAGAAGUUUUAAUACGAGGGAUUUUAUCAAAACAUGCAAUGUCCUCGCUGCAUUUACUAAUUGACCAUCUGAGAUUCUACUCUGGUUAUGCGGCUACAAAUGAAAAGAAAAUAGAAGGAGUUUCUUUAAGUGUUGUGUCUGACGAUGUUUUUCUUUCUGCUUUUGGAAACAUUUUGGGACCUGCGUUAGCUGCUGGUGGAGAUGUAAUUUUGCAAACUGAACCACGUAUUAGUGUUUUGGCUACACUCUUCAAACAAUUGGCUGAAAAAGUGGGGUUUCCUAAAAAUGCCAUACGACUGUUACCUGGUGAUGUAAAUUUAACUAAUUUACUUCAGAAUGAUAGCAUCGGUUUUAUUAACUGUUUUGGAAAAGUACUUGGAAAGACAUUUCCAAAUUUGGAGAGUUUGGUAAAAGCUCCUGUGAUUGCAGUGACAAAAACCAAGGGGCCAAUGAUUGUUUUCAAUAAUGCAGAUUUGGAGUCUGCAUCUGAUGCUGUCAUCAAUGCUGCUUGGGGUUCUGCAACUGUUCUACCGUGGAGUCUAAGCAUCGUGAUGGUACAAGAAGAUGUCUACGAAGUAUUUGUUAGUAAAUUGAACGAUCACUUAUCAAAAGUAAGAAUUGGGCCUGCAUAUGAGAAACUCGCGGAUGUGUCAUCUGUGCAUGAAUCCCAGCUGUUUAACAUACAAAAGGUUGUGGAAGAAGCCAAGGUGGUAGGGCUGCAGGUCCUUCAAAGUACCUCACAAAGUUCUCAAUUUCAAACUACUGUAAUACUAGGUGGAGAUGUGCUCAAGAAUGUUAGCUUGGAGCAAUCUGAUGUGGCUGUUGUAACUGUAAUAGCUUUUCGUCACAUUAACGAAGCCCUCAGUUUAUCAAACAAUUUCAAGUCUAAGAUGGGGGUGUCAGUUUGGACUGAAAACAUCGGUUUAGCGAAUGAGUUGGCUCAAAAGCUACAGUUUUCGAACGUUUGGAUUAACAGCUUUGCGAAAUUUUCCGCAUCGCAUUCCACGUAUCUUGACAAAAAUAGCGGUGUUGGUUACAUAGGUGGAGUAGAUGGUGCUUGUGAAUACUAUAAAAAUGGAUCGGAUCCUGAAAAAUUAACGUUCGAUAUUAGUGCCGCCCGAUCGUUCUAUCUGCAUGACAUUGACGGUUUUUAUGGAAAUCUUGUUGGGCGAAGUGUUUCAAGUGCUGUGGUUUCUUCAAAAAAAGGAUAUGACCUAUGGAAGAAGGGAAACAUAUCUGACCGAUUUCGAAUGCUCGCAAAUCUAUCGUUUGCGUUAGAAAGUAGGAAGGAAUUAAUAAGCAAAAAUACAGGAGUGCCCUGCUUCAUCUUAGAUUAUUGGGUCUCUACAACUUAUAAAUUGUAUGCACAGUUUGCAGAUGUUGGCCAAGUGGAACAUAAGGGUUCUCAUGUUAUAAGGACUUGUAGGGAACCAGUCGGUAUAAUUGUUAUUGAUGAAAGUAACAGCCUUUCCACUCUCUUCGACUGUGUGAUAGGUUCUUUACUUUUGGGCAACGCUGUCAUUGUUUUAAACCUUCAUGAAAAAUUAAUCGACUUUUACGCAGAGAUCUACCAAUUAUUAGCAACUGCAAAAUUUCCAUCUGGGGUUUUUAAUGUUAUCUUAAAUUGUCAGAAUGAUACGUUUGAUAGUCUCCUUUCAUUUGACGACUUAAAUACUUUCAUUACUUUUACUAGGCGUCCAAACAUGAAGAUUGGGAAUAUUAAACGAAUAUGCGAUGGUCGUAUGUCGUCUUCUUUAUUGUCAUAUGUAACCAAAACUAAAAAUGUCUGGAGCAGCAUUGGUCAUUCUGUUUUGUAAUUUUUUAUGAAUAAAGAUCAUUCAUUAUUUUGCU